AUGACAGCGCCGAGGGCGGCCGGGAGCGGCGUGCGCGUGCGCGAGCGCGCGGGGCGGUGGGGCGGGCGCGACGGCGGAGGCGACCGCGCGGCGGGGUGGGGAAACGAAGGCGGCCCCCGGGGGCCGGCGGGACGGGGGCGCCGGGCGCGGGCUCGCUCCAGGACCGCCCGUGAGGACGGGGGGCGCGCCGCGCAGGUAGCUCCAGGUGCUUUGGCGAGUGCUCAGGCGGCGACUCCUGCGCUCCUUCUGUUGUUUAGUUACCGUAGGGUCUCCUGGCGCGGAGGGAACCCGCCCUUCGUUGCCAAGGUGUCUUCUUGGAGAAGGACACCUGAGGGACCGCUGCGAGCCAGAGAGGUGGCUGUACCGGAGCCAGCAAGGCUGCUGCCCUUGUCUAAGGGGAGCACAGAGUCCCCACCUCUGACAGCUUUCAGCUGCUGCCCGCCUGCCGUGCUCGGCAAAGACUCGGGAAGAGAUUACCACUGGGAUGCCCUGACAGCUGCCACCUUCCCCUCGGAAGGGAGUGUAGGACGGGAAGAUCAUUUGCACGAGGAACGGGGAAGAUUCCUUGCAGCUGCCGCCCCACCGAACCUCUCCCACAUUCUAAGGAAGGGAGGGUUCCUGAGACAGCUGCUCUAA